GUAAAUAGGGGGCACAUCUAGCUAGUGUUAGUGGAUUAUAAUUGGAGUUGUUUCCUUUUCUUUCUUUUUUUCUGCAAAAGGAUAAAGAUAAAGGUAAUAGCAGUAAUCUACUCAGUUGUAACGGAAAGAAGGAAUGGAGAAUCUCGAGAGAGAGAAGCAGUGAUCGAUGUGAGUCAGGUAGAUAAAACACAAAAGCCGGAACACACGUGACGAAAGCUAUUGCAUUUCUUUAAAUUUUUCUCUCUUCUAAUUAAUCUAAGCUGUAUCCUCACACACACACACACCCUCCUUUUUUCUCUUUCUCACCUUUCUGUCUUAACGCAAUCAUUCAAAGAAGAAGACAACCAACAGCCGUCUCUCUCUCUUCCUUUCGGUAUGUGCUGAUUUCCAUGAGUUCAACAGUUCACACGCAUAGAUUCUUCAUUUAGCUGUUGAAGUUUUCUAUAUCUAUUUAUAACUCAAGGGUGUUGCCCAAGCUUCUUCUGCUAUUAUACUAUCUGGUCUCUCUCCAUUUCGUGAGAGAGUGAAUUCUGAAGCAAGAUGACGACGUUUAAAUCUCUUGUUACUCUUCUUGUUCUUCUGGUUUUCUGCCACGUGUCCCUGGCGGCUCUGGAGAACAACCAGAACCAGAACAAGAACAAGAGAACAACUUACAUAGUACACAUGGCGAAAUCGCAGAUGCCGGCAAGCUUCCAGCACCAUGCUCAUUGGUAUGACUCAUCACUCAAAUCCGUUUCGGGCUCAGCUGAAAUGCUCUACACUUACGACAAUGCAAUCCAUGGAUUUUCUACCCGCUUAACACCUGAGGAAGCUCGUUCACUCGAGACCCAACCCGGGAUCCUCUCUGUUUUGCCCGAGUUGAAGUACGAGUUACAUACAACUCGUACUCCCCAGUUUCUCGGACUGGAUAAAAGUGCUGAUACGUUCCUGGAGUCAGCCUCAGGGAGUGAUGUCAUAGUCGGAGUUUUAGAUACCGGAGUUUGGCCUGAAAGCAAGAGUUUUGUUGAUACCGGACUCGGUCCUGUACCGAGUAACUGGAAAGGCGCCUGUGAAGCUGGUACAAAUUUCAGUUUAUCUAUUUGUAAUGGAAAAUUAAUUGGUGCAAGAUACUUUUCAAAAGGAUAUGAAGCUACAUUAGGUCCGAUUGAUGAAAGCAAAGAGUCAAAAUCUCCACGUGAUGAUGAUGGCCACGGCACUCACACUGCCAGCACGGCAGCUGGAUCCGUUGUUGAAGGAGCGAGCUUGUUUGGCUACGCUGCUGGAACUGCGCGUGGGAUGGCUCCUCGCGCCAGAGUUGCUGUGUACAAGGUGUGUUGGGUUGGUGGUUGUUUUAGCUCUGAUAUUUUGGCAGCUAUGGAUAAGGCCAUUGAAGAUAAUGUCAAUGUUCUUUCAAUGUCUCUUGGCGGUAGCAUGUCUGAUUACUAUAGAGACAGUGUUGCAAUUGGUGCUUUUGCAGCAAUGGAGAAAGGGAUUUUAGUCUCUUGUUCAGCUGGAAAUGCCGGUCCGAGCUCGUUCAGUUUAUCAAACGUGGCUCCAUGGAUCACUACAGUUGGUGCAGGCACACUGGAUCGAGACUUUCCAGCUUUUGUUAGUCUUAGCAAUGGCCAAAACUACUCUGGUGUGUCACUUUUUAAAGGCAAUCCUUUACCAGGAAAAUUAUUGCCUUUUGUUUAUGCCGGUAAUGCUACUAAUGCAACAAAUGGGAAUUUGUGUAUGAUGGGUACUUUGAUUCCUGAGAAAGUUUCAGGAAAGGUUGUGUUGUGUGAUAGAGGAGUAAAUCCUAGAGUUCAAAAAGGAGCUGUGGUUAAAGAAGCCGGUGGUUUGGGGAUGGUUUUGGCUAACACUGAAGCUAAUGGUGAAGAGUUAGUAGCUGAUGCCCAUUUGUUACCAGCCACUGCUGUGGGUCAAACAUAUGGGGAUGCUAUUAAGAAAUAUUUGUUUUCAGAUCCUAACCCAACUGUGACAGUUUUAUUUGAAGGAACCAAAGUGGGCAUUGAACCAUCACCGGUGGUUGCAGCAUUCAGUUCAAGAGGACCUAACACCAUCACGCCGGAGAUACUAAAGCCAGACAUGAUUGCACCUGGUGUCAACAUCUUAGCCGGAUGGUCAGGAUCAGUAGGACCAACUGGGUUGGCAACGGAUACUAGGCGAGUGGGAUUCAACAUUAUAUCAGGAACAUCGAUGUCUUGCCCACAUGUUAGUGGGCUGGCUGCGAUUCUCAAAGCGGCCCACCCAGACUGGAGCCCUGCAGCUAUUAAAUCUGCUCUCAUGACCACCGCGUAUGUUGCAUACAAAAAUGGUCAAAAGUUGCAAGAUGUUGCUACAGGAAAAGCAUCCACACCUUUUGAACAUGGUGCUGGACAUGUUGAGCCUGUAUCAGCCCUUAAUCCGGGAUUGGUAUAUGAUUUAACGGUUGAUGAUUAUCUAGGCUUCCUCUGUGCCUUAAAUUACACAGAGUCAGAGAUAAACAGUGUUGCAAGAAGAAAUUUCACAUGUGAUGCUAGUAAGAAAUACAGUCUCACUAAUCUCAACUACCCUUCUUUUGCCGUCAAUAUUGACACGAACCAGAUGGGCAGUGGCUCCACCGUUUUCAAGCACACGCGCACUCUGACCAACGUUGGCUCACCGGGGACUUACAAGGUGUCUAUUUCAUCACAAAGCCCUGCAGUAAAGAUAUCUGUGGAGCCAGCGGUGUUGAGUUUCACACAAAUGAAUGAGAAGAAACUGUAUACAGCUACCUUCACUGUUAGCUCAAUGCCUACCGGCACGAAUAGCUUUGGUCGAAUUGAAUGGUCUGAUGGGAAGCACAUUGUUGGUAGUCCUGUUGCGUUUAGCUGGAAUUAAUCAGUGGGGAACAAUAAAGGGGAGUUGGGGGAGGGAAGUUUUAGCUGUUGUUCACUCUGCCACAAUUAAGGGGAGUGAAAUUGCUUGCUUUUAGCUUUUAAUUAUUGUAUUUCUUAUUAUCCAGCAGAAACUGAUUGCUGGGUCUAGUAUUUGAUGUCACGGUGUUCUCUGAGGGAGAAAACAAGGCAAACCAAGAAUUGGGUGAUUGUUUUCUUUCACAGUGUAUAGUGGUAAUAUUAACGGUAUGUAUGCAUGCUACUGCUUUGUUGAAGAUCAAAUUUCACAUAUAUGGUGAAUUUAUGUUACUUUC